AAAAGCUGAAUGAAUGGGCAUCACAUCAGUGCUCGUCAUAGGGAGAACGGAGACUGCUGCAUAAGGGGGAAAGAGAGGAGGAUUCUUUCCAAAAGGGAAGAGGACAAAAAAAAAUAAAAAUAAAAAAGGAGAAGCCUGCCACAGCCGUUAUCCUGGGCUCCAGCCAAAGCUUUCUGUGGACAAGUGCUACCUGGGCAAGGAAUAGCUCCUUUGUGAGCCGCUGCUACUGUCCCCUCCACGGAGAGCCAGAUCUUCAUGCAGGACAUCUCCGGAACCCAGAGGAGUUGGAAGAGUGCUGGACACUGAGUCAGGUCUGUCCCUGAAGCCCAGUGAGACGUGAGAGGUACAGUAUGACCCAGGAUCAUCUCCAGAGGGAGUGGGACCAAAGGGGGAACUAGCAAGAAGGCUCCUCAGUGUCACCCGUGAAGUGAUGCUGUAGGAAACCCCUGGACCAUGAAGGGGUUAGGAGAUAACAGAAGCCGCCACCUCUCCGAUAACCUGGACUCCCCUCAAGACUCUCUUUAUGCUGCCCAAGACAGGAACCCUUACCUCCUCAGUCCCACUGACUCCUACCCCGUGGACCCCCGGUUUCCAGCCCAGAAUUCCCUCCAUAGUGACUGUCUUCUCCCACUCAACAACCAGAUUUCCAACAGCAGCACUUUCCCCCGUAUCCAUUACAACUCCCACUUCGAGGUCCCGGACGAGAACCCCUUCCCAAGCCAUGCCCAAGCCACUAAGAUCAACCGCCUCCCCGCAAACCUCUUGGACCAAUUUGAGAAGCAGCUGCCCAUCCACCGGGACGGCUUUAGCACCCUCCAGUUCCAGAGGAGUGACGCCAAGCACCGGAGCGAGAGCCCCGGGCGCAUCCGACACCUGGUGCACUCCGUCCAGAAGCUCUUUGCCAAGUCGCAGUCCCUGGAGGGCCCCACCAAGGGCAGCGUGAAUGGCAAGAAGGGCACGGAGGACCCAAAGCAGAACCGGAGGAGCAAGAGCAAAGACCGGGCAAAGACCACCGAGACCAAACGCAGGCCCAGGUCCAACAUAUCAGGCUGGUGGAGUUCGGACGACAACUUAGACAGCGACACCUGCAGCUAUCGCAAUCCAAUGGGCCUCAUGACCCUGGGCAGGCAACCUGACCACAGCCAGCCUAGGUACUUCAUGCACGCAUAUAACACCAUCAGUGAGCACAUGCUGAAAUCCUCCAAGAGCAAUAACGACCUCAAGGUCACCCCCUGCGCCAAUAUCCCCAUCAGCAAUGAGUCCAACUACAUCAAACGGGGCUCCUGGUCCACGCUCACCCUUAGCCAUGCCCGGGAAGUGUGCCAAAAGGCCUCUGCCACCAUCGACAAAGCCCUGCUGAAAUCCAAGUCCUGCCAGCAAGACUUAGCCUAUCAUUACUUGCAGGUGCCUCAGGGAGAGUGGAACAAUACGCUGUCUCGGGACAAAGAUAACGAGAUCCCGUGCCGGCGCAUGCGGAGCGGAAGCUACAUCAAAGCCAUGGGGGAUGAUGACAGCGAAGAUUCAGAAACCAGCCCCAAACCAUCCCCGAAAACUGCGGCUCGGAGGCAGAGUUACCUCAAGGCCACCCAACAGUCUCUGAGUGAGCAGAGCACAGCACCCAGGAGCUUGGACCGUCUGGACUCCGUCGAGAUCCUCUUGCCUCCAAAGUUCCCAAGCUGGGAGGAAGAAUAUAACCAGCUCACUGACAACAUUGAUGAGUCCAGCUGCAUCAGCCAGAUAUUUGGACAGUCCUCAUUUAUCCCACAGAUAUUUACACACGGAGAGCAGACAAGGGAGGCAGAGCUGAGCGACCAGUAUGAGACAGUGUGUGAAUCAGCCUACAGUGAAGCCGAAUCCGCUGCUGUGGAGGUGCUGGACCUGCCUCUGCCCAGCUACUUCCGCUCCCGGAGCCACAGCUACCUCCGAGCCAUCCAGGCAGGCUGCUCCCAGGAAGAAGACACGGCCUCCAUCCGAUCCAUCUCGCCGCCUCCCGCCAGCAGCAUCAGCGGCAGCAGGACGCUCCCCAGCAACAGCAGUUCAUCAUGCCUAGUGGCAUAUAAAAAGACACCUCCCCCCGUCCCACCUCGGACCACCUCAAAGCCGUUCAUCUCUGUCACUGUGCAGAGCAGCACCGAAUCAGCCCAGGACACCUACCUGGAUAGCCAGGACCACAAGAGCGAAGUCAACAGCCAGUCGGGACUGAGUAAUUCUUCAGACAGCUUAGACAGUACCAGAAUACCUAGUGUGACGAGAGGCAGCCUUGUGACUCCAGCCAGAGAUGCUCCAGAGUUACCCCAGAAAAAUGCAACCUUGAAAAGUGACAAAGGAACUCUGACAAGUGAAGAGCCGAAGGUGGAGAAUAUCCCCAAAAGGAAGCUGUCGUCUAUAGGAAUACAAGUUGACUGCCUUCAGCCAGUGGCAAAGGAGGAGCCCCCUACGCCAACCACCAAAUUCCAGUCCAUCGGGGUACAGGUAGAGGACGAGUGGCGAAACAACCACUCUCGCAGUAUGUCCUCCAAACAGGACGCCGAUUCUGACGCACAGGAACCGAAUCACUCAAACUGUAAAUCGUCUGAGAGAAGCCUUGCUGAUUGUCCCCCGCGCUACAACUCUGUCAGUGUUGAUGCCAGUACCAGGCAACCAGCCAAGCCCUCCCAAUUGAAGAGAAAUCUCUCCUAUGGAGAUAGCAGUGACCCAGCCCUAGAGCCUUCCUCUCUCCCUCCUCCGGACCCUUGGCUCGAGACAUCCUCCAACUCACCUUCAGAACCAACACAACCAGGAGCCUGCAGGCGGGACGGGUACUGGUUUCUGAAACUGCUGCAGGCAGAAACAGAAAGGUUAGAAGGAUGGUGCCGUCAGAUGGACCAGGAAACCAAAGAGAACAAUCUCUCUGAAGAAGUUUUAGGAAAAGUCCUCAGUGCAGUGGGCAGCGCACAGUUACUCAUGUCACAAAAGUUCCAGCAGUUCCGGGGCCUCUGUGAGCAAAACUUGAACCCCAAUGCCAAUCCCAGACCCACAGCCCAGGACCUAGCUGGGUUUUGGGAUCUCUUGCAGUUGUCCAUUGAAGACAUCAGCAUGAAAUUUGAUGAGCUCUACCACCUAAAGGCUAACAGCUGGCAACUGGCAGAAACACCGGAGAAGAAGGAAGAGAAGAAACCACCCCCUCCAGUGCCAAAGAAGCCAGCCAAGCCCAAAACCCCACUGAACCGGGACAAAGCCUCUGAUUCUGUGGAUAAACAGCGCCAGGAAGCUCGCAAGCGUCUCAUGGCAGCCAAGCGGGCUGCCUCUGUCCGGCAGAAUUCUGCCACGGAGAGCGCGGACAGCAUUGAAAUCUACGUCCCUGAGGCACAGACCCGCCUUUGAGCAAAGGGGAAGAGGAAGGAAACACGUGUUUUUCUAAAUCAUUAAAGAGGGAAAAAAAAUUUCGCUCUAAACUUAGUGUGAUUUAUUCAGUCUAGAGACGCUGAGCCAACCUGACAAAGGGCUCCCAAUUCGGCUUUUUUUCUCUCAGCUUUAAGUAAUGAAGAUUUAAAAAAAAUCCCCCACACACAACAACAAAAAUUCCCCCUCUUGUUUUCUCUCACUGGCUGUGGUGUUGCUGAACAGACUGAAAAGACUCUGGAAGCCCCAGCCCCUCAGACUUGGAACUUCAAUCUUUUUACUUGUUCAAUCUAAUGAGAAUUAUUAGCUUGUUUACAAGAAGAGGACGACAAAAAAAAAAUGAAGCCUUGAGCACUUGCCAUGCUGUGUUCUUUCUCCUUCUCCUCAACUCUGUUCCUCCUUAUCCUUAGGGUUUUUUUCUUCUACCUCUUAUUCUACCGUAUCCACCCCCUCUCUCCCACUUUUUGCAUGGCUUUGUUUACUGUGUUAGAAAUAACCUCUCUUCCACAGAACUCCCGAAGAGAACAUCUGUUCAGCGUGUACUGGUGUUGCACUCUGCUAGCAAGCAGCCUUUCUUUAUUUUUCCUUUAGUGGGGGGGAGGGUAUAGGGGCGAAGGGCAGCAGGGUUCACAUAUCGAUGUAUUUGAUUGAAAAGGAAGGAGGAAAAGAUCUGCGGAAUGUAAUGCCGAGUUCUUCAUGCAGCCUGGAAGCAAACGUGUGCAAUAAGGUGGCGACAGGGGCAGCGCUUCGUUGGCUGAUUCCAAAAGAAAGCUGGCCCCAUUCCAGGCACAGGAUGGGAGCUGGAAGGAUGAUAUGGUGGAACAGGUGUGACCCCUACACACACACACACACACACUCUUAUUUUGUCCCCUUCUACACUUUUUAUUUUCCUUGAGAAUCACUUGUUAAAAAAGCAGUUGCUACGUAGUGGGGACCUGUUUCAAGGGGGAGGAAGGGUGUUUCUGGGUGGAGGACUGGGUUUUCUAAAGGGGGAGGGUGGCUAAUGGCAGGCUGGCAGCCGGCCAACCUUUAUGUAUGUGUACAUAUGCACAUAUACACUUACUGGGAUCUGUAUAUUUAAUGCAUACACACGUAUACAUACCCAUACACAAGUGCAAGUGGUGUAUUAAAAGCACCUCAGUAGAGUGGGCGUAUGUAUAGCAUAUAUUUUUACAUGUACUAUAUCUAGAUGUGUGUAAAAGUGUGUGUAAAAAUAUAUACCCUGUGUGUAAUCAGAUUAUUUUUCCUUGUAUCCCGUGCUUUUUUGGGUUAGCGGGAGGGGUUGCUAAAUAUUUGAUCCUUUUUAGCUCCUUCUCCCCCCUCAUGCCUCCUUUUCAGUUUAGCUUCUUGGAGUUGGGACUGAAUGCCAGCAUCGCAUUCUUUCCACCCUUCCCAAAACAAACACUUGCCCCCAAGUUGAGCAAUCAUGUUGUAUGAGUGGAGAGAUCUUGUGUCAGUUUCAUGUGGGGGAAAUCCCAAAGGAAUUUAAACCACGGUGUUGGUGAUCAAAAAGGCAAAAACAUAAAAUAAAAACCUAAAUCCUAUCUAAGUGAACACUGUAUACUGUGUUUAUGCAUAUAUAGUAUGACCGAUUUCUCUUCCUGUCCACCUACCAUAUAGAUCUCGUAGCCUGGAAUGAGAGCCUGUGAAAGUUUGACCAUAAGCAAAGUGGCUCAGAUCCAGCAUUGGUUUUUAACUUGGAGUAGAAGAUGUUGACUUGCUGGAUUUUUUUUUAAAUAAGGCUUUUUAGAGUUUCUUAGCAUUCUAAAAUUAGGAACAUGUAGAAUGUGAAUUCAUCUUAAUCAUGUUUCCAAAGGUACCCAGACUGCUGAGGUAGUGUCCUCAAAGCAGUUGUUUUCUGGGCUCUGUGUUGUGGACUGCAGCCUGUUUUGCUGAGCUUCUGAAAAACCUCUUUAAAUUGCAUGGGGACCAUUCACGCUGCCUCAGUCAAUCAUACCUGGUCCGCUGCACAAAGAGUUGCAAGCAUAUUCCCUGGGUUCUGGCCAGGCGUAAUGAAGCAGGACACUCGUACCUGGCUGACAUUAUAAUGGGUUUAUGGUGAGUAAGAUACAUUGUCAGAGUGUCUCAAGCCAUGUUAGAUAAUCAGAAGCAAGUGGAUGCCUCUCUGCCAGACUUUCAUUAUAUCAGUGUCUCCUUACUUUCCUGGAGGAAUAAGGUUUAAUAAAGCAAGGACAGCUGGCUGAUUAAAAAAAAAAAUAAAACAAAAUUCAAAACUAACCUCAGUUUAUAGCUCUGAUCUUUUUCCCCCCCU